AUGCUACAAGAUGCAGUAGUUUGGCAGGUAUUACAACGUCACAUCAAUUCCCCAACAAUGGCAGUGCUACAGAAAUCUCAAUCAUUUCCAGAAACAUCGAAAGAUAUAACCGAAAACCUGAAAAUAUCACUUCCCGAUUUUGUCAUCCCAAUUAAACAUUACCCGCCAAUUACUGUGAAGAGCAAUAAUAAUAAUUGUAAUACAUCCUUCGAAGCAUUCGUUUGGGAUUGGCCAUUCAGUGAGGAUCGUAUGGCUAAAGGAUUUCUUUCCAGCGAAAAAUUCUUUGUUUGUUUACCUUUCAAUCAAGGUGGCACUGGGGAAUCCAAAGGAACGCUGAAAAAGUUUGAAAGGAUCUCGGAAUCGAACUUUAGUUGCAUUAUUGGACUUUGCAAUAAUAAAUUGUUUGGGACUUGCUUUUGGCGACUUGAGAUCGAAAUUUUAAGAAACCUCAAUAUGCUUGUACUCAAUGCCUCAAGAGAUAUAUCACGACCAGGAGAAACAGUGAAACGUUUGAAACGUGUUCGUAAAGUAUACAAACUGCCCCAACAUUGUGACAUAUCAACACUUACAACAGCAAGUUACGAUUGGGCAGUUAUAAUUCAAGCAAAUCGAAGAGAUGAUAAAUUUUCUGGAAAGAAUCAUUCUAAAAUAUUGCGGCGAUGCGCUACGCUUAAUAAUUAA